CCCUAUUUGACAGAUCUGACUUAGGAAUGGCUACUUUUGAACUCUAUCGCCGAUCGACUAUUGGCAUGUGUUUGACAGAAACGUUGGAUGAGAUGGUCUCAAACGGGACUCUCAGCCCGGAGCUUGCUAUUCAAGUUCUUGUUCAAUUUGACAAGUCUAUGACUGAAGCUUUGGAGACUCAAGUCAAGAGCAAGGUCUCUAUUAAGGGACAUUUACACACUUAUAGGUUCUGCGACAACGUGUGGACGUUCAUCUUACAUGAUGCGACCUUCAAAAACGAGGAAAGCCAAGAGAACGUUGGUAGGGUCAAAAUAGUGGCAUGCGACUCGAAGCUGCUCACACAGUGAUAUACCACGGCUAUUUGCUGCUGUGAAAUACUUAGUAGAGAGAGUGGGAGUUAGCUCCACCAUUUGCAGAAAGACCCUUGCAGAUAGAGGGUAUUAAGUGGGAUUACGGCCGAGAAAUCAGUCCUCCCCCCCCCCCCCCCACCCCCAUUUCUUUAAAAUGUUCAUUCGAGAACAAUUAGUGGCGGCUUUGGAGGAGUUAUUUCCUUUUUCUUUGUGGAUUGUAUGUGGAAUCACUAUGGAUUUAACCAGGG